ACACACUCUCAAGAGCCUUAGUUGAAGUGGAACGCCGAAGGCUAGAAAGGGUAAAGACGUUAAUCUGCUGAAAGUUUGAGAUAGGAAGCCAAACGAAAUGCCUGCUAAAAAGAAAAAGCAAAUUACUGGAUUGUCUAUGUUCAUUCAGGACAAGAAGCCAGAACUUCAGCGUCAAGGACACAACAAUAAAAAGAUGGAAGAACUUGUUCAAAUAGCUCACCCGCUCUGGAAGGCUCUUUCAGCUGAUGAGAGAGAAAAGUACAAUGACCAGGCUAAGGAAGCUAAACGGAAACUGAGAGAAACAGGUGGCUUGAGAACAGGGGGACGUUUGGAUAAUGUUGGCAAUCUAAUGUCGGAAACCAUCAACCUGGAUGAGACCCUGAAGAAACAACGACAGAUGCAGAGAGCUGUGAGGGAAACAUGGCCCAAAGGAAAUGCUGUGUGUUUGGAAAUAUUCUACAUUGUCACAUUUGAGGUGUUGUGCAAACUCCCAGAAAAGAAGGGCUACCUUCCUGCUGAGGUAGCGAUAGUUGAGUACAGUCUUAGCGCGGGUAUCAUAAGAACCUUCCACAGAUUCAUCGAUCCGGGACCAAUUCCUAUGGGAUUCCGGUUUCUGUGUUUGUCAACAAGUGAUAACACUCAUCAGAUUCCUAUCGAGAACUUUGAAAGAGCAGUCACAGACUACAGAGCAAUAUGGACAGAUAUGUGCAAUUUUAUCAACCCAGACAAGAAGAAGUUGCCUGUGCUUUAUACACUUCGUGAAAACUAUGAUAAAGUGGACUUCUGCAUCGAUUGGCUGGCGUACCAUGCUGGAACUGUUAACAAACUUGAGGACAAGAUAUACGAGCUAGAGCUGGUUGUAGCAGAUCUGUACGGCCACGUUGAUGAGGUAACGCCAUCAUUAUCAUGCGUGAACAACAUGUUUACAACAAGUAGUUUUGACUAUGAACCCAGUACAAGAUGUGACUUUCAUGAAGAAUUGGAGAAUAGGCACUGUGCCUUAGCUGUUGCAAAAAUACACUGUUUUGUUAUGAGUGAUGCACUUGCCACGGUGUAUGACAUUGAGCUCACUGGAAAUCAUGUGCCGGAGAGGUCUGAUCCGUCGUACUCGACCUAUGUAAACCCAGGACACAAACCGCCUCCCAUUAAACAACCAGUCUCAAGAAAGCAAAAUAGAUAUGAUGAAUCAUCGGCAAUCUCUAGUGGCCCUUUUGCAUCAAGAGAUGUUCGUUACAAACAAGAGCAACAUGAAGAACAACCAUUAAGGCUACCAAAAGGAAGAGGUAUCGCAGGAAACAUAGGUGCUGUUGGUCAACAUCCGACAAGCCUCAGAAGCCCAUCUCAGACCUCUUUCAAGAGCCACUCGGAUGUUGACACUUCGUCUGAGCCUGACUUUGAAGCCAUGCCAGACCUAGACAUUGCAGAACACUGGAGACCCGGACCCAAAGCUCCUCAAGCCAACUUCAACAUCUCAAAUUCAAACGCUGACGAAUGGCCAGCUCUUGGAGGUUCGUCUGGGAAGUACCAUCAACAAGGUGCUAAGCCCAAGAAGUAUAGUAAUGGUUUGAUGGCCCCACCUCCAUCUGCCGUGCCACAGCCAGCUUCCUCCUGGCAGGCAACUGGACGAGGUAGAGGCCUAGUAACAGUUGCUGGAACAGAUCCGAACACCACAGCUAGGCAGUUUGGUCAGCUGUCGGUAAACAACAGAAACUCGUCAGAAGAAAAAACGAAACAGAUUCAGGAAAUGUUUCGAGGUACAGGUAGAGGACGAGGGAUACUGGCCUAUCACAACACUUAGCUUUCCAAAACAGAAAGACUCUACGCAUUACAGUACUUUGUAAAUGUGUAAAAAUGUAGUAAAUCACAUAU